AUGACAAUGGACCGACAAUCGCCUUUUGACAGUGGUAUGCACUACAACCACAACUUGCCAUACUCGAAUCCAGCACCGGUGACAUUCAUCCCACCGAACUGGGGUGCGCCAACGUCGGCUCCUCACACCAGUUCCAGCAUCUACACGCCAACUUUGGGACUCGAGGGUAUGGAAAGGCAGCAGCAGAGUGCACGCAUAAGUAGCCAUGUAUCAGCGGGACCGUAUAGCGUGCCAGUUACUGCGGCAUCAGCAGGUAACCUCUUUUCGGAUUUCUCUGGAGUGGAACAGGAUUUACUCACCAGUCAACAAGAUAUGAUGAGCCCUACUCGUGCUUUACCACCUGGAUAUGGGAGCGACGUCGGGUAUAACAACGCACCAUCGCCUGCUCACACUGCUUACACGUCAGCCCCAUCGCCAUUUGAUGGCGCUGGCUAUGCGCCGGCACCCAUCCCAUCCGCAGUUCGAGCAUAUUCCGUUCAGCAACAAGAUAACUCGAGACGACUCUCACAACCGUCAGUAUCCUCCAAUUCAUUCUUCGAUGUCCCAGCCGAUGCCCCGCGGUCCCAUCGUCAGAACUCCCUUAUUGACUUUCAUAACAGAGGACUGCCAAACAAUGAUAAUGCCAGCUAUCUCCGAGACCCAACCAUGGACGGCGCUAGAGAUAUGCUUGCCAUGAGCCAAAACACCACCCCAAGAAACAUUUUUGGUCCAACACGGAUCGGAAGAGGAUCUGCCGAUUCAUACGGUUUCCCAUCAACACACUCAAACCAUUCGUCGAUUUCUUCGUCAUCAAACAGCUACCCAUACUACGGCGGCUCUGUCGAUUCUUCCAUGUCCGACUAUUCGAACGGUUCUGAUAUGGAAUCAGUAUCCGCGAGAACUUUACCUCCACCCGGCAGCAUUCUCGGCGGGGGAAACCCACCUUUACCUCCUCAAUCCAUGAUGGGCUCAUUCAGCUCGAAAGUAUCGACCAGUACACAAAAGAAGCACAAGUGCAAGUCACACUGGGAGAAGCCAUUUCCUUGCGACGUUGAAGGUUGCGGCAGACAUUUCUCAGUUGUAUCAAACUUACGAAGACAUAAGAAAGUCCACAAGGGCGACGCCAAAUCGGAAGCUGGAUCCGAGGACCAUCACUCAGAUGAAUAA